AUCAGAUUUAGUAAACCAUGAAUUCUGUGAGGAGUGUCGGAAACAAUGAUGGUGGUGCUCGCAGAGGUGGUGGUGAACGCAAGGUGGCCCGUGCAAGCACAAGAAAAGGGAACAUGAGAGGCGGGCAAGGUGGCCCAGAAAAUCCUUCAUGCAUCUUCAAAGGUGUUAGGCAACGCAAAUGGGGACGAUGGGUGGCGGAAAUCCGUGAUCCCAAAGCCAAAGUGCGUCUUUGGUUAGGGACAUUCGGCACCGCCAUUGAAGCUGCAUUGGCUUAUGAUGACAGAGCCCGGAAACUGUUUGGUCCCGAUGCUGUUCUCAACCUUCCUGAUGUGGAGCCUCCACCCCCUCCAGAACCCACUUUUUCGGAGGAGGCCUUGAUGCUGCUCGAAGUUGCGGCAAAAGCCAGGUGUCAGCAUCUCCUUCUGGAGAUGCAAAGGAUCCAGGCUGGUGUGGUGCAUUGCGCCAUGAAUGAAUAUGAUCAUCCUCCGAACAACCAUCCUUUCGGAAAACCAAAUUUCAUGGAUCCAUUAUGUGAAAACGUUAUGCUUUUCGACUCAACUCCAAACAGUCUGAACUCUGACUUUCCAGUGUUUGAUGACUCCUUCAUGUGGGAGGAAGCAGCUUCCACCACAGAUUAUCGUUCUCAAGCGAUCUGUGAUCCUGGAAUUGCUGCGAUGGCGCUGGGCGAUGAAAUCGGGAUCGAGCUUGAUCACCCACUAAUGGUGUGAUCUUGGUGGUAUUCAAGUGCCAUAAUCUCUAUAAAAACAUAUGGAGGUCUGCAUGGUUGCUUAU